GUGGUGUAUAGGUUGUCGUUUUAUAGUUAGUUUGAAAUUUAAUCUUCCCCAGUCGAGAAGAAACUACCCGACGCGACAAUGAAUCGAGUAAAGAAGAAACCCGUAGGGAAUGGAGUGGUACUGAAGCGGAAGAAGCCAGCGCCCGUUCAAUCGGAUAACGAGUCGUACGACUCUAUGGUGGACAACGGAACAGAUGAAGAUGAAAAUGAUGACCACGGUGAUGAGGAAGCUUUCCGCGAUGACAACGAAAGUCCAGACAGUGGCCUCGAACCAGGUGCUUUCAUUCGCGCUCCCAAUCCAUCGUAUGAAAACAAAUCGUCCCGAAUGUCGAAGGUGGCCAAACGGAAAGCGAUGGCGCGAACCGACGAAGAGGCCCACCUGAAGCGGCUGAAGGCGAUUAAGGAGCAAUACAAACCGCCAACCGUCGAGGAAAUAAAUCGUCUCAAGGAAACGGAAAACUACUACCACUCGAACCUGUUCCGGAUGCAGACGGAAGAGAUGUUGAAAGAGGUGCGAGUUCCGGCCAAGGUAGAACGUUUCGUGCUCGAUUGGGUGGAGCAUUUCAAAGGACUUCUCCAAACGAUGGAGAACAACGACACGCCUCGCGAAUUGUUCUCAACAUAUUAUGACGGUAUCGAUUUUCCGCUGGAACUUGGCACCAAGGAAUACCUGAUGGAAGUGUUUCCAAAGGAUAUUUUUACUUUCGUUCCACAGCGCACCGUGCGUAUUAUCGGUGGUGGCGCUGGAGGACCGUUGCGUACCUCGUUCGGAAAACCCCUCAUAGUGGAUUUGUUAGUGACCAUACCGGACAAGGGCUUCCACAAGGAAGACUUUCUGAACCUAAGGUACCACAUGAAAAGGGCCCAUUUCCUUUGUAACAUUGCCGAGUAUUUGGUGAAACCGGCACAAAACAAACUUAUCUCGAAGGUGCACUUUGAACCACUUAAAGGCGACGCCAUGAAGCCGGUCCUCGUUAUGGUUCCUUCGGAUGAAAAAUUCGGCCGGAAGGUUCAGUUCCAUCUGCAUGCCGUUCCCGAGGGCGGAAAGUUCAACAAGAAAAGGUUCCUCCCCGAGCGAAACAAUGUACGUCCCGCAAUGAUCGGCUCCGGCCAUCUGACCACGGCGGAAGAGUACGAACGCUUUCCGACUCCGCAUUAUAACAGCUCGAUCCUGUACGAUCUACGGUUGGCGAAGAAUGCCGAACUGCUCGAGGGCAUAAUCCAAUCAGAUAGCAUCCGGGAGGCGAUUAUUUUGCUGAAAAUUUGGGCCCGUCAACGUGGUUUUGAUCAGGGUCGGUAUGGUUUCGACGGGGGCCUGAUAACGUUCUACAUCGCCCAUUUACUCCAGAACAAGCGGAUUUAUAAGAACAUGAGCAAUUAUCAGAUCAUUCGUCUAUUCUGGCACCAGCUGGCAGGUAGCAGCUGGGACAAGGAGGGCAUUUCGUUCGACCCCGCAAACCGUGACGUGCUGCCACAGUUUUUCCACCACUACGAGGUUGUGUUUCUCGAUCCACUUGGUGUGCUGAACGUCACCGCGAACCUGCCGGUCGAUUUGUAUUGCCGUGUACGCCAUGAGAGUGCGCUCGCGAUCCGGCUCCUUGAUGAUCGCAAAAACAAUUCGUUUGUUCCGCUAUUUUUAGCGAGCUAUCCCGCGUUCAGCCAAUACGAUCACAUCGUCGUGUUGAAAAAACUGGGACUCAUCGCCGCAACGAUUGAUUACUUCGCGACUGAAACCGAUCGGCUCGAUUACAUAGGCGAUCGGCGCACAAUGUUUGCACGGAUGGUGGAACGAUUGCUGCGGAAGGGUCUAGGAAAGCGUAUCACGUACCUCGUACCGUUAGCCGGCGAAAAGGACACCUGCACGCUGGGAAUUUCAUUAAACGCAUCGGAAGCUUUCAACCUGGUCGACAAGGGCCCGGAAGCGAUCGACAAAGAGGCAAGCGAAGAGUUCCGAAAGUUUUGGAACGGUAAAUCGCAGCUGAGACGUUUCAAGGAUGGAUCAAUCACGGAAUCGUGUACGUGGGGCGCCGCUAAUGACCCGAUCGGCCAGAAACGACUGAUUGUGCGCACGAUCGUGCUGUUCCUGCUGAACUCUCACUUUGAUAUCCCGGAAAAGCAGGUAUGCUAUCUGGCAGCCCAGUUUGAAACGGUGCUCCAACCGUGGCCUCCGGCCACGGAGGAAGAGGGCGUACACGAAACGGUCGAGGAGCGGUCGUUGGCAGUGAUUGCUGCGUUCGAUAAGCUCGGGAGAAGAAUGCGCGAUCUCAGGAAGAUCCCGCUGACGAUAAACGCGAUCCUUGGUACGGACAGCGUAUUUCGGUACACCGAUCCGGAUCCACCGCGUCCCACGUCACAAGCAGCCCUAGUGAACGGCCAGUUGGUGUUCCUCUGCGGGAAGCCGGUGCACGCCACGAUUCAACUUGAAGCGAGUGGCAAGUGGCCAGAAGAGCUGGUCGCAAUUCGUCGGUUGAAGACGGCUUUCUACCUUCAGAUAGCAAAGAGCCUUUCCUCAUCCAGGACAGCUAACGAACUACCAGCCGCGCAAGCAUUCGAAGACUACCUGGACGUACUUCAUGAAAAGUACGUUUUUCGCUUCGUGAUCAUACACCAGCGCGAGAUCACCAUCAUGCGCGAGUAUCUUUCCGAGAACCUGGUAACCCGCCUUCAACGCGACACGGUUGAUAGCAUCGCCCUUGAGAUGCAGGCAUCGAUUCUACCCAAACUGACCGCUAUCCUGCACGGUUUGCACCUUUCGAACUCUUCGUUCGGUUCCGUGGCGGCGAUCGCCAAACGGUGGUUGUACUCACAGCUGAUCGAUCGUUAUUUGUGGCCGGACGAGUGCACGGAGCUUCUGCUAGCCUCGCUCUAUCUCAAUCAACCCUUGCAACCUCCGAUACAACCACAAGCGGGCUUCCUGCGCUGGCUCAAGUACGUCGCGUCGACCGACUGGAGCAAGGAGAUGGUCGUGGUUAAUCUUCUGGGCGAGCUCGACGGUGAGACGUUGGAUGUGUUGGAGAAGCAGUUUGUCGAGCGGCGCGCUACGUUCCCGCCGCUCACGAUCGUUACACCGUGCGAUGCCGGAAAGUACGGCCUUUUUGGGCGGCGGGCACCAUCGAUGGAAAUACUGAACCGAGUGACACUGUUAGCGAAGUCUGCAAUUGAAAUGAUUGAGUCGAAUCUUAGCACCAUUCGUAAGGCUGCCAAGACAUUCUUUGAACCAUCCUAUGAAGGCUACAACGUCAUCAUUCAUCUGGAAACUGAGAUUAUCGUACCGAGCGGAGUACGCGACCCGAAGAGUAUCGCUGAUGUUAAAAACAUGAGCUCAUGUACCCCAUCGGAAAACAAAGAACCGCCCGUCGGGUUCGAUCCAGUUGCGUUGUAUUUAAAGGAGUUGCGUGAUGCCUAUGGGAAGUUUGCACUCUUUUUCUACGAUCCAUGCGGUGGCGAUCGGAUUGCCGUUCUGUGGCGUCCAGAUGCACUAGAUACACAGCCAUUUAAGACCUCAAACGUUAACGGUCGCAUGCUAAAUGCCGACGGUACGCUGGACUUGAAUGUGGACGUCUUGUUACAGGAUUUCAAACUUCUCGGGCUAGGUUUGGUGACGCACGUCGAGAAAUGUUGAAGAAUGGUAGACUAAAUAUACGAGUCACAUUUUUACGCCAGCACCAGCAGAAAUAAGUGCCUGUUAUUUCAUAACAUAUGAUGACAUUUACUACUUUGCAGUCUAAACAGUUUAUAAAUAAAAAGAAAGCGUCAUUGGCCCUACGAAUAGAAAUCGUUGUAUUUAACAUUGAAAGUAAUAUGAUAUAAAGAAAAAUACCUGUCAUCUACGACUAGGAAGCAAAAUGUAUAUUUAGUUCUUGCCAGAAGCAGUUCUUCCUAUUUGUGUAUCGCAACUAGUUUCGCAAGAAUUAUAGUUUCUUUGUUACAUGUAAGUGGAAAUCAGGUGUAAAAUGUUUAUAAUCAAUUUAGAAAAACUUGUGUUCGAAUGCCAACCGAGACCGGACACUCUCGUGUACGAGAGGACUGACUAUCCACGUACACAAAGGAAUGAACAAGAUGGCCGUUAAGCCAAAAAGAAAAAGAUGGAAAAACUUACCGAUGUAAUCAUUCAUAACUUUGCAAGGAAAGUCACAUAAAAACCGUAUCUUGAAAAUGGUCAACCACACACCAACUCCACCUCCUCGAAGUGAGUUUAUGUGCACCAGGAAGACUACCUUUAUGACCACCAACGGAAUUAAACAUAUGGAUGGGUUGGCAUGUAUGCAAUUUAUCUCAAAUAAGUAUU